AUGGAAAACACUGAGCAAGACUCACCAUGGCAGUUGGAGAGACAGCGCCCUACUAUGCUCGAGUCACUGUCGAUCGUGCGUUCAAGAAUUCGGGACCAAAGCUUCAAGAGUACUAUUCAGACCUGUUUGAAUCUACGGCAGCAAAGCACUCGUACUAUCCUGCUAUACGAGCUGGGUUGUAGAGUUUGCUCACUCAAUUUGAAGCCUCGAGGACCAGAUCAACCACACUCACUCUUGCGGAACUUUGCAAAACUGUCCGAUCUAACGCCCGACUGUUCUUUCUGUAACCUUAUUGAAAAGUCAUUUGACCAGCUUACGGACAAGAAGGAUGAGACUACAGUGUGUGUCGUCAAUUGUGGGAAGAAAGGUCUUGACAUCCAAUUGUGCUUUCGAAUCCAGGACCCAUAUUGUGAGGGCCAACAUGUGCAAAUAUUUUCUCCUGAAAUAAAGCAGACGCAGUGUCCUUUCGAAACACGUAACAUUUGCUCAGAUCCAAGGUCAAAUGACCAGUUCAAGAAGAUUACUACAUGGAUUAGUGAUUGUGUUCAAAGCCACGGGCAGUGCACAGCUCCGAACAAGGCGUUUGCGCCGACCCGCCUAAUCAAGAUCGGGAAGGAAAGCAUUCAGGAUGCUCAUCUUGUAUCCUCGACUGGUCCGGUGCGCUACGCUGUAUUGACAUAUUGCUGGGGUCUAUAUCCCCAGUCUAUGACAUUAAAGGCCAACGUUGCAGAAAGGCAUAGGUGCCUAGACGUAUCUCUGCUUCCUCAAACCCUGCAAGAUGCGUUAUUCGCCACUCAAAAGCUAGGGCUGGAGUACAUAUGGAUCGACUCGAUCUGUAUAUUGCAGGACGACCGCGAUGACUGGGCAAAGGAAGCUGCUACCAUGGCGGACGUAUACUCGAAUGGCUACGUGGUCAUUUCAGCAACGGCUGCAAAAGCAUCAACCCAAGGAUUCCUAUGGCCAAGGAAAUCACCACUCAGUAUCUCAUGCACGUCUCCAUCUGGUUCACAAUUCGAUGUGCAAGCCCGUCGAAACGACACACAUUGGUGCAACUUGAAUAGACAUAACAACGAGUACCCGUUAUUCUCCCGAGCGUGGUGCAUGCAAGAGCGACACCUAGCAAGGAGGAUCGUCCACUUUCUUCCCGGCGAAGUGCGCUUCGAAUGCCGCACCCACGACACCUGUGAAUGUGAUGCUGUACCAUGGCCACACCCCGAGCCCACUUCAGGCGACGACUACUACCGAGCUCUGCGUGCAGCAUGUGAGUCCGGCAGUAUUGGCGAUGCAGAGUUCGCUGGGCUAUGGAACAAUCUCAUCAAGGAAUACACCGAGAUGGGCAUAACGCACAGAAGUGACUUACUUCCUGCACUCGGCGGCAUUGCGAGAAGCCUUUCUCUCAUCGCCCCAGGAACUUACCUUGCAGGACUUUGGGAAAAAGGCCUCGCGUUCCAACUCACAUGGUACUGUGACGACUUCGACAUGGACACCACGCCUAUACGGCUGGAGAGUUUGCGCCAACCAACAUGGUCGUGGAUAUCGUCUCCAGCGCAGAUCUGGCCGGAGAAUGUCUACAACUCCCCCAAGGACAACCUUCAAUCGUUGGCGUCUUUGGUAACUUCGAAUGUGGAACCACUGCGAAACGAUCCUUAUGGUGGGAUCAAGAGUGUAUCGAUCGACCUCGAGGGCCCUGUAGCUUCUGGACCCGACGUUAUGACGUUGUUCGAAAAGGUGGCGGCGGAAAGAGAAUUAUUCCUGACCUUCAAUAUUGAUGCCAAGAAUAAGUUCAGGGCCGCGAGAAUGCGGCCAGAGACGUGGGAGCAAUUACAUGCAAUCACGGAUUGGCGAUAUGUCGUAUGUCUUGCGUUGUAUACGUAUGAGACUCGAUACCGAGGUCAGAAUAUUGGUCUGAUGGAUGGUCUACUGCUUCGGCGUUUGCGCGGGGACUCAAUGUAUGUGAGGAUUGGCACCGUGACGUGGAUGCCGUGGGAGUUGUUUGACAGAUUCGCUGCAGAUGCUGUCGUCAGUGUAGUCUAG